UGGCUGCUCUCUAAACACCAUCCCGAAGUUUUCCKGGACCGUGUGACGCAUGAACGCCGGAUGUUUCCAGCUGGCAUUAAUUAGUGAGUGGGUCCACCCCGCCUUUAUAAAGGAGACGCGCCCACCGCCGCGCUCUGUGUCCACGCAGGCGAAGAUGAGCUACGGAUCUGAUGUGUUCUCCUCCUCCUCCUCCUACAGGAGGAUCUUCGGGGAUUCUCCCCGUUUCUCCUCCUCUCCGUCGCGCGUGUCCUCCCGCGGAGGAGGCUACCGCUCCUCCUCCCUGUCCCGCACCAGCAUCUCCUCCGUGGGCUCCUACAGCAGAAAGUCGACUCGCUCCUUCUCCGCUCCGCUGGAGGCCUUCGACCUGACCCAGAGCAGCAUCCUCAACAAUGAGUUCAAGAUCAUCCGCACCAACGAGAAGGAGCAAAUGCAGGGUCUCAAUGACCGCUUUGCCAUGUUCAUCGAGAAGGUGCGCAACUUGGAGCAGCACAACAAAGUGCUGGAGACCGAGCUGGUGGCGCUGCGCCAGCGGCAGGCAGAGCCAUCCCGCCUGGCGGAGCUCUACCAGCAGGAGAUCCGAGAGCUGCGCUCCCAGCUGGAGGAGCUGAACGGAGAGAAGUCCCAGCUGGUGAUAGAGAGGGACAGCAUCGACGACGACCUGCAGAAACUCAGGGGGAAGUACGAGGAGGAGUUCCGCGCCCGGGAGGAGGCGGAGGCCACCCUCAAGGCGUUCAAGAAGGACGUGGACGACGCCACCAUGGUGCGCCUGGACCUGGAGAAGAAAAUCGAGUCCCUCCUGGACGAGAUCAACUUCCUGCGGAAGGUGCACGAGGAGGAGGUGGCCGAGCUGACGGACAUGAUCCAGGCCGCGCAGGUGUCCGUGGAGAUGGAGGUGGCCAAGCCGGACCUCACCUCCGCCCUCAAGGAGAUCCGCAGCCAGUACGAGUCCAUGGCGUCCAAGAACCUGCAGUCGGCCGAGGAGUGGUACAAGAGCAAGUUCGCCGACCUGACGGAGCAGGCCAGCCGGAGCACCGACGCCAUCCGAGCCAGCAGGGAGGAGGCGAACGAGUUCCGGAGGCAGCUGCAGUCCAAGACCAUCGAGAUAGAGAGCCUGAGGGGGACCACCGAGUCUCUGGAGAAGCAGCUGCGGGAGAUGGAGGACAGGCACAGCAUGGAGAUCAACAGCUACCAGGAAAGCAUGGCAGAGCUGGAAAAUGAGCUGAGGACCACCAAGAGUGAGAUGGCUCGACAUCUGAGGGAAUACCAGGACCUGCUGAAUGUCAAGAUGGCUCUGGAUAUAGAAAUCGCUGCAUACAGGAAACUCCUGGAAGGGGAGGAGACCCGCAUCGGAACAGGCAUCGCCUACCCCAACCCCUCUAUAAGCGCCGGUGUCGGGCAGGGCUACAGCUACCAGACCCGCAUCUACUCCAGCUCUGGCAAGACCUCCAAGAAGGAGGGCAAGGAGGAGGAGCAGCAGCCGCAGAGCAAGCCCACCGGGAAGGUGUCCCAGCGCGAAGUCUACGAGGAGACCGUGGUGACAACCAAGAAGAUGGAAAAGCAGCAAGAAGACAUCCCUACCAAUCAGAAAAACUAGAAACCUCCUCUAAGCCUGGGUCUGAAACCACUAAACCUUCGCUCUGUCCCGCGCAAACACACGCCUCUUUUCGUCUCCCGUCUGUUUAUUCUUAUUCARAUCCGUCAUAACUCCACAGAAGCAAUCACUUUAUUGCGACAAAAGUCAUGGCUGAACAAGCGCAGGCACUUUGGUAGCAGUCUUCAUCACCAGUCAUCUUGUAGGAGAGACACAGUGAGCAAAUUUUUACCUCAAGCUGUGAUGUAAUCUCAACACAUAUUGAGGGAUAUGCAUUUGUCUGUUAGGAUGCACAAUAACACACACACACACACACACACACACACACACACACACACACACACACACACACACACACACACACACACACACACACACACACAAAAGAAAUAGGUUGGAAACAUUUCAGCUGGUGUUGUGCUUUUAUCACUGACAAUUUCAGGAAGAAACCUUACAUAGCAAAACGGUCCAACAUCAUAUAAACCCAUGGCUUCUAGUUGAGCUAUUCUGUUUUCUUCUAAUACCAGUAGACGACCAGAGAAAGGGGCGAUGAUUUCCUUUUAAUUCAUCAACAAUGUUCCUAUGUCACAGCGUUGCUAUUUUAAUGAAGCUGAGACUUGAAGCGAGCAGUUUCUGAAAAUGUAUUACUUGAGCUUUAUUUGCAUGUGGUGUGCCACGCUUGGCUGAUUGUUCAUCUCAUUCGACUUGGCGUCGUUUGAGCAUGAAAGGUAAGCACCGCUUUCAUCGUCCUUAAGAUGCACCUCUAGGCCUCCGAUCUCGGCCGAUAAUGUGAAUAUACCGAAAAGGGUCGUCUUUGAAAGCACUUGAGUAGAAAUGAAUCGCCUAAGCUUGGAAUGAGUAACUAUUUGCACAAUGUUCUACCGAGGAUGCAAGGGGAGAAUACAUUUUUACAAACAUGAAUCCAAUUUGUAACUGAUAUAAAACGAAUGAAUAGUGUUUUUUCAGUCUGGUUGAGUAUAUACUUGGGAUCAUACAUUAUACUUCAGCACAAAAACGCAUGAGAUUCUGUUUGUUUCAUGUCUCUGGGUGUGAUUUAUCAUAUACACAGAUAGUUUAAGACCCAUGCUCCGUGAACCCCACAAUCACAUCGAUGAAACCCGAAGACCCCGCGGAGCUAAACGAAAACCUGCUGGAUCACAGAAACAACUCGACCUCGCUUCUUAAUAACUGUGGCCAUGACUGGAUCAAAUGUCUGUUGUAGAAACUACUUCACUCUUAGAGUAACUAUAGGACUUGUAGCUUAUUUACUUUUUAUUAAUUCCUGCUUGUGCACUGCCUCACUCCAGGUCGCGGCGGUCAACGCCGUGAUGAACUGCACUCACUUCUUCACAAGUAGAAGCAAAGAAACUGCUGAUUGUACAGCUAGCUGCUCUGGUUUUUGGUUGUGUUUACCUGAAGCUUGUGACGAGUAUCUUAGUACUGUAUACAUGUGCUUCUUGCACAGUGGCCUAACAUGACCGGAACAGGGGGGGGCGACAGACCUCGACGUCAGGGCGUUUUGGUUUUAUUGAACGCCGUCGCCGUUUACGUAAUGCGCGCUUUGACAAUGGAUGAACGGCUCAUGGUUGCAAAGCCUUACACUAAAAACCAAAAAAGAAARAAAAACAACAACAAACAAAUGUCACCACAACUGCGGCACUGCCAAACUUUUCUAAAUGCACAUUUUUCUCAAAAGGAAAAAAACAAAAACAAAACCAGUACAAUAUGUCACCAAUCCAUACUCAGCUGUCAAUAUUGAACUAUAUUGUAGAAGAAAUACUGUAGAAUGUGAAACGCCUUAAARCACCAGCAGCUUCUGGUUCCAUGUUCAGUGUGUAUAUUUCAGUCAAGCGGGGUGUUUUCAUCUUCCGUCGUAUCUUCAGUAGUGUUUAUUAGAGUUACCAUUACUUCUAAAGCAUAGGGAUUGAAUGUAGUUGACAUGCUUUUCUCUUUACCGUGACUACUAUAUAUGUAUUGCCAUAUGACACCAUAUCAAUAAAGACUUGACCUGA